AGGGUCCCACAAGCCAGCAAAGGUGCCAGCAGUUCUCGACAUGACUCGCCGUAACUGCCCCAGGAACACGGGAAACGUGCCCUGAAAGAGAUUCUGUCCCUCAGAUUGAGUGAUCCUGUUCCUGGCCCUGUCGAUCUAUCUCGUAGCGACUGGAACGGAGGAUGUAUUCCGCCCCAACUCGAUUGACGCGAGGUGGUGAUUAUAUCGCAUUCCGGGGGCCGUUGUGAUACAUGGCUUGUGAAUAGUGAUCAACCUCCGAAAGCCCGCGAUGCAGGUGCUAUAAAGUCCAGGGACGAAGCGACUCCAUGCCUCGAAAGCAAGCCUGAGCUCCCGUCCUCACUCAUACACUCAUUUGUUGUUUGCAACCACACCAGUCACUCGUUCUAGGAUCUAACACCGACAAGCAGUAUCUUCAACUGCCACCACACUCAUUAACCCCGUGUUUCAAGCAUCAUCCCCACGAUGCGAUUUAUCACUUACCACUCCACCCCUCUGCUAGCCCUGGCGCUCGCCACCCUCCUCUUCCUCCUCCAGCUCACCCACGCCCUCCCCGUAGCCACCACCGACGUCAUCCCCGUCCGCCCAGAGAACGCCCUCGCCAGAAGGGGCUGCAUCCCCAGCAAGCCCAGCAAGCCCGCGAGCCCCGCCAGAACCACCACCUUCACCUACAGCGUCGACAACAUCAAGGAGGCGAUCAACAAGGUCGGGCGCUUCGACAUGGACACCAACACGUGCCUCUUCUACCUCGGACUCGGAGGCGCCACGGGUCAGACCAAGGCCCAGACCUGGUGGACGCGGAACCGGCCCGCGAGCGCGGCCAAUCAGAUGGGCAUCGUCUGGGGCAAUCUGCUGGCCGACUCCUACGCCAACGCGGUGUGGAACGCCAACGCGGUGUGGAACGCCAACGACGGCCAGAUGCUGCCGGACCCGGCCAACCCGAGGCAGGAAAUCGGCGCGGGGCUGGUGUGGGGCGGGCUGGUAUCCCAGGCGUUGGCCGAGUCCUGUAGCGGCACCGUGUACUUCUUCACGCCCGAGAGCAACGACGGAACCGACCCCGUGACGAACGUGUGGAACGUGUACGAGCAUCCCGCGCUGACCCGCAACGCCAAGGUGCAGCAGAUCAUCAAGGUCGACCCCGGCACCAGUAGCCAGGUCGUGAUCUGGACCAAGGGAGAUGCCCCGUAUGGCCCCGUGCCGCCGGGAACGGGCUAUUCGCAGGUGAAGACCUUGGCUAAGGCCUUGUAUCCUGUUCUACCCUGAGAUCUGGUGAUGGGCUGAGAGGAGCAGGAGAAAGGCGGGAUGAAGAAGGUGGUAGAGAGGAGAAUUCGAGGGGGGAAGGAGGUUCUGUCAACGUUUCUAGAUAUAGUAAUCGUUAUGUA